AAUUUUUUAUUUCAUGACUUGUGGACUUGGUGCGUUGACGUCUGUAUCAAAGUAUGCAAUUGUUAUUAGAAUUUAUUGUUUACAGACUUAAACAAUAUAAAAAUUUAUAUGUCUGAAUACUAAAAUGUAAAGUAAUAAAAGGUAAAGAAUGUGAAUCAACUUAAACAUAAGGAGAGAGGAAAGGAAAGACUGGGAAGACUUCCUAACCUCUAAUAUAAUAUAUACAGAAAUAUAAUAACAAUUAUAAAUUAUCGAGUAAAAGAGUGAUAAUUAUCUAAGUCUAUUUCACCAAGUUGUCAGUAAGUUAAUUAACCAAUAAGAAAAUGGAUUCAGACGACGAGAACGAUAGGGAUGAUGGCUCUAUCAACAUGACUGGUUUCAUGUUUGGAAACAUCGAUAAAAAUGGCGAAUUAGAAGAUGAUAUUCUCGAUUCCGAGGCAAAACAACAUCUUGCCUCUUUAAGUCAUUUUGGAAUAAGUUCACUUUUACAAGAAAUGUUGAAGGAUGAUGUUGAUACCAAAAAAUCUCUCGACGAUGAAAGUGAGACAAACGAGGAGAAGGACAAUGAUAGAGACAAUAUAGUUACAAGUGAUAAAGAUGAUGAAGAUUAUCAGGAAAAAUCACCAACAGCUUUUGAUUUUUCGGAUAUUAACGAAUUAGCCGAAGAUAAUUGUGAAGAUAAUACAAACGAAAUGUUUGAGGGGAAGAAGCGAUCGGAAAAUACAGAUUACGAUGCAGAUGACGAAGAGCCGGUUAAUAAAUCCGAUACACAAUUAAUGCCACCACCACCAUUGCCAGAUGAAAAAGAAGUUCUCACUCCCGAGGAAGCAGAAGCUGUUCGAAAACGAAAAUUGGAAACCCCUCUCGCAUCAAUGCUUCCAUCGAAAUACGCCAAUGUUGAUGUAACCGAAUUGUUUCCCGAUUUUCGUGCAAAUAAAGUCUUACGAUUUUCCAAACUCUUUGGUCCUGGGAAGCCAAGCAGUUUGCCACAAAUUUGGCGAGGAGUGAAAAAGCGUAGAAAAAAGAAACGCCACCAAGAGAUCAAGGACUCCGAUUCUGGCUCUGAUCAGGAAUCAAGAAGAGCUAAAUUUAAAGGAUGGGUUAUGCAAUAUGGUGCAGAACCAUCGCCAAGCGACCUUCGUUCGGAUGAUGAGGAAAAAUUGUUAAAGCCCGUCGAAGAUAAGGAGCAAUCCGGAAAGUCUGGUGAAUUUGUCGAAAAUGGUGAUAUGGGUCCAAAAGUUGCCGAUUGGCGUUUUGGUCCUGCACAAAUUUGGUACGAUAUUCUCGGAGUGCCAGAAACUGGGGACGGUUUUAAUUAUGGUUUUAAAAUGGCCGAAAAAGAAGAACCACAAGAGCAAGAAGCUGUAGAAGAAAAAUUCGCCGAUGAUGCGUUUUUAAUGGUUUCACAACUGCGUUGGGAAGAUGACGUCGUAUGGAAUGGGGAGGAAAUAAAACAUAAAGUAAUGCACAAAUUGAAUAGUAAAAAUAAUGCCGCUGGUUGGGUUCCAUCGAGUGGUAAUAGAACGGCUCAAGCCUUCAGUCAACCGGGAAAAGGAGCUCCAGUUCCGGUUGCACCAAAUGUUCGUUUAGCCACUCAAAUAAUGGCACCAUCACAGAAAAAUAAAUUGCCACUACCGAAGGGUGCUCAGCAAAUAAGAGAGGAAAAUUACGAUGACACGUGGUACUCGAUAUUUCCCGUGGAAAAUGAAGAACUCGUUUACGGCCUUUGGGAGGAUGAAAUUAUCUGGGACGCGGAGAGUAUGAAAAAAAUACCAAAACCAAAAAUCUUGACUCUCGAUCCAAAUGAUGAGAAUAUUGUCCUUGGAAUACCGGACGAUAUUGAUCCGGCAUUGCUUCACAAGGAACAUGGACGUCAGCCGAAAGUGAAAAUCCCCCAUCCGCAUGUAAAGAAGAGUAAACUUUUGUUGGGAAAAGCUGGUGUUAUCAAUGUCCUCGAGGAGGAUACACCACCGCCUCCGCCGAAAUCGCCAGAUCGGGAUCCAUUCAAUAUCUCGAAUGACACCUUUUAUCUACCACGAUCGUCGGAGACGACUCUGAGAUUGAAAGUCGGUGGGGGAAAUAUUAUUCAACACAGUACGCCGGUUGUUGAACUUCGAGCACCUUUUGUUCAAACCUACAUGGGACCGAUGCGUCUAAGAAAUUUCCAUCGUCCCCCAUUGAGACGUUUCAGUCACGGACCACUUGCUCUUCCUGGUCAUCAUGCCGUUUUGCCUCUGUUGAAGCACAUUAAAAAGAAGGCGAAACAACGCGAGCAAGAGCGUUUAGCUUCGGGUGGUGGUGAUGUAUUCUUCAUGAGAACACCCGAGGAUUUAACUGGUCGCGAUGGAGAAAUUGUUCUCGUUGAAUUCUCCGAGGAACAUCCACCGCUCAUCAAUCAAGUUGGUAUGUGUUCGAAAAUGAAGAACUAUUACAAACGAAAGGCGGGUAAAGAUCAUGGACCGCAGAAAUAUAAAUACGGGGAGACGGCUUACGCUCAUACGAGUCCAUUCCUCGGUAUUCUCACACCUGGACAAAGCAUUCAAGCAGUCGAGAAUAAUAUGUAUCGAGCUCCAAUUUACGAGCACAAAAUUCCCUUCUCCGAUUUUCUGGUUAUACGAACACGUCAUCAGUACCACAUUCGGGAAAUUGACGCUGUCUUUGUUGCUGGACAGUUGUGUCCCCUGUACGAAGUGCCGGGUCCAAAUUCAAAACGAGCGAAUAUCUUUGUACGUGAUUUUCUUCAGGUCUUCAUCUAUCGCCUCUUUUGGAAAUCAAUGGACACGCCGAGAAGAAUAAGAAUGGAUGAUAUUAAGAAAGCAUUCCCCUCGCACAGUGAGAGCAGUAUUCGAAAGAGAUUGAAAUUGUGUGCCGAUUUCAAGCGUACGGGCAUGGACUCAAAUUGGUGGGUGAUCAAACCGGAAUUUCGAUUACCGUCGGAGGAGGAAAUUCGUGCAAUGGUAUCGCCUGAACAAUGUUGCGCGUAUUUUAGUCUCAUUGCAGCUGAACAGAGAUUAAAGGACGCGGGUUAUGGGGAGAAGUUUCUCUUCACACCGCAAGAUGAUGACGAUGAGGAAAUGCAAUUGAAAAUGGAUGACGAGGUAAAGGUUGCACCGUGGAACACAACUCGGGCCUAUAUUCAAGCAAUGAAGGGCAAAUGUUUAUUACAACUCGCGGGUCCUGCCGAUCCAACCGGUUGUGGUGAAGGUUUCUCAUACGUUCGCGUUCCGAAUAAGCCCACAAUCAGCAAAGAGGAGCAGGAGGCGCAACCGAAACGAACCGUCACCGGUACCGAUGCCGAUCUCAGAAGAUUGUCCCUAAACAACGCGAAGGCAUUGCUGAGGAAAUUCGGCGUUCCCGAGGAGGAGAUUAAAAAACUCUCCCGUUGGGAAGUCAUCGACGUCGUACGUACACUGUCCACCGAAAAGGCCAAAGCGGGCGAGGAAGUAAUGACAAAAUUCUCCCGUGGUAAUCGUUUCUCAAUCGCAGAACAUCAGGAACGUUACAAAGAAGAAUGUCAACGUAUUUUCGAUCUUCAAAAUCGUGUCCUAGCCUCUUAUGAAGUACUCAGUACCGACGAAGGCGAAAGUUCCGAGGAAGACAGUUCCGAUAUUGAAGAAAUGGGUAAAAACAUCGAAAACAUGCUGUCGAAUAAAAAGACAAGCACACAAUUAUCACUCGAAAAAGAGGAGCAACAGCGACACGAAUUACGUAAAAUGUUGAUGGGCGAGAAUCAAGAGCAGGACAAAAAGAAUCGCGAUAAGAAAAAAGACGACGAGGACGAAUCACCAGUUAAUAACAUGAGUGCCCAACCAGGUCGUGUACUAAAAAUCUACCGAACUUUCCGCAAUCCCGAGGGUAAGGAAUUCACUCGAAUUGAAAUUGUCCGUAAGCCGGCAGUAAUUGACACCUACCUGAAAAUUCGUAAUUCCAAAGACGAAUCGUUUAUUAAGCAAUUUGCAAUAUUGGACGAGGCCCAGAAGGAGGAGAUGAAGCGUGAGAAACGAAGAAUUCAGGAACAAUUGCGAAGAAUAAAGCGUAAUCAGGAGAGGGAGAAAAUGUUGGCUGGCAAUUCGAAUACACCAUUCAAUUCGGCGCCUUUACUCGAUCGAAGCAAUUCCAGUACACCACUCACAUCCAAUGCUAGUAUCCUUCCAUUUCCAAAUUUUCCUUCUUCUACACUUACUCCUAAAUCAAUUAGAUCAGAUACCACAACUCCUAGACGUAAAAAACCUAAACUUAAACCAGAUCUUAAAGUUAAAUGCGGUGCUUGCGGUAACGUAGGGCAUAUGCGUACUAAUAAAGCUUGUCCCCUUUAUCAGAAUGGUACAGCAACUGCAACUCCAGUGAAUGUGGCAAUGACCGAGGAGCAGGAAGAGGAGAUCGAGAAGCAACUCAAUACGGAUGAUCAGGACCUUGUCAAUGUCGAUGGAACCAAGGUUAAAUUAUCCUCGAAACUAAUAAAGAUUUUGGAAUCUCAGCACGCAGAGGAAAUGAAGAAACGCACAUUGCUGCUGAAAGUGCCAAAGGAUGCGGUGAAUUCGAAGAAACGAAGAAGAAUAACGGCCGACGAUCACUGUGAUUAUUUGAAGAGACAACAGAGACCGGCGAACAGAAGAAGAACGGAUCCUGUUGUUGUAAUGUCGACAAUGCUCGAAAAUAUUUUGAACGAAAUGAGAGACUUACCGGAUGUACAACCAUUUUUGUUCCCUGUCAAUGCGAAGUCUGUUCCUGAUUAUCAUAAAAUAAUCGAGAAACCAAUGGAUCUACAAACAAUAAGAGAUCAUUUACGACAAAAGAAAUAUCGUAAUCGUGAAGAAUUCUUAGCGGCUGUCAAUCAAAUUGUAGAAAAUUCGGCAAUUUAUAAUGGAAGAAAUAGUUCACUGACAGUUGCGGCAAAACGAAUGUUGGAUAUUUGUGUUGAAAGACUUAGAGAGAAAGAAGAUCGAUUGAUGAGACUUGAGAAGGCGAUAAAUCCAUUGCUUGACGACAAUGAUCAAGUUGCACUUUCAUUUAUUCUUGGCGAUGUCAAUAAUAAACUGAAAUCAAUGCAAGAUUUAUGGCCAUUCCAUAAGCCAGUCAGUAAAAAAAUGGUAAAGGACUAUUACAACGUGAUUAAAAAGCCAAUGGAUCUUGAAACGAUUUCGAGAAAAAUUGCAGCACACAAGUAUCAUAAUCAUGUCAGUUUCCUGAGGGAUAUAGAGCAAAUUCUAGAAAAUUGUCGACGAUACAAUGGUGACGAUUCGCCAUUUACUCAGAAAGCCGAGUCAAUGCUUAAAAUUUGUACAGUUACUUUGGAAUCUUAUGGCGAGAGUCUCACUAAUAUUGAAAAUAGUAUUGCGUUAGUACAAAAACGAGCCAUGGAACAAGCGGAUAUUGAUUCAUCCUCGUGGUUAGGACCCGAUGAAGACAAUUAUACAAUUGCAGAACCUGAUUUUCAUGGGAGUCAACCAAGUUCUCCAGAGAAUAUGUUCGACAAAUCUCAUUUGGACGACUUUAAUUUCGUCGAUGUCGAAGGAGACUUGGAAGGAGAUGUCGCCGGACCAUCAAAGAAGAAAGAUCUUCUCGACGAAGAUUUGCAGUGUUCGAGUGAGGAUGAAUUCGACGAAGUUCCAUUUAUUGGCGAAGAACCAACGGAUCACGUGGAAAUGGAGAAUUUAGAAUUGGAAGAAAAUCGCGAUAUAAAGGUGAAUUAUCAAGGACUAGAUCGAUUAGGAUCCCCAAUGAGCGAAAUGAGAGAUAUUGAAAUGCCGGCCGAUGACGACAGUCAACAGGCAGCUGAAGCAAUGGUACAAUUAGGAAAUGUAGGAUUUUAUACUAGAGAACAACAACCGAUUCUUCAGCAAGACGAAAGUAUGGAUGUUGAUCCGAAUUACGAUCCAUCGGAUUUCCUGUUAGCUGGCUUGCCUGCCAGGGAAAAGAAAGAGGAGAGUAAAAUUCAAGACGACUUAGCUGUAUCGGAAUCCGAAGACGAAAAUAUCGUCGAAAAACAAGAGCCACCGUCGAAUGAAGAAGAUGGAGGCGAUUUAUGGUUUUAGUGCAUUGUUACCAUCAAGGCUUAUUUGUACAUAUUUUCAUUUCUUUUGCAUAAAUUAUUCUCGUUGGAAAUUUAUCCUCAGUAAUUUUCGACAAUUACAAUUAGUAAUAGUUUAAAUUCACGAUUAUUGUUAAUUAUGAUCAAAUAAUAGUCAUUGUUAUAAUGGUUAUUAUAAUUAUAAUUUUUAACCUCUUUAAGGGGUUAAUUAGGAAAUUAUAAACAAUUAUAAUUAUAAUCAGAUUAUGAUAAUUUACGUGCAAUGAUUUAAUCGUAAUUAAUAAUAAUAAUAGCAGAAAAGGUAAUAAUAAUAAUGGGUAUUAUUAUUAUGAGAGAGUAAUUAUAAACACUCACCAUUUUGAUGAAAUAAAUAUUUUCCACCUUAAA